AUGGAGGACAUUGGGAAAAUGGAUUGGGCGAAGGACAUUGUGGCUAAGGUGAAGGGAGGGAAGGGGAAGCAGGUGCUGAAGCUGGCGGGCACCAGAUUUGGCACGCAAUUCAUCGCGGUGCAGCGGCUUUGCGAGGUGCGGAGUGCAUUGAUGCAGAUGGUGCUGAGCCCGGAGUGGCAGGCUUGGGCGAAGGGGAGGAAGCCGCCGGUCGAGCCCUUCGCAACCAUGAUCAUGGAUGCCGUGUGGUGGAAAGGUGCGGAGUUCUUCGUCGCCCUCCCGAAGAUCCCCUUUGCCGUCAUGCGCAAGAUUGACUCGACGGCCAAGGGCAUGAUGGGCAGGAUGUACGAUCUGAUGUUGCAGCUCACGGAAGACAUCAAUGCGAAGCUGGAGGAGGAGGAGGAGGCGGGAUUGCUGCUGUCCAGCAGCGAACGCACAGAGGUGACCAACAUCGUCCAAAAGCGCUGGGACCAUAGCAUGGCGUGUGCCAUGCACGUGGUUGGCCGGAUCCUCAACCCGGUCAACCAAGAGGAAGGCAUCUUCCGCACCGACCUGGAGUGUACUCGCGUCUUCAAAGCGUUUGUCGCUCGUCACUACGCAGGGCGAACCGUCACGCGCAAGGAGGGCGAGGAGUUGCGCGCAUCCCACGUCAUCCAGGUAGGCCUGACGGCAUUCAACACCCUUCAGGGGAGCUUCGGCCUACCCGACGCCAUCUCUGGCCGUGAGCUCGUGAAGGCCGGUAAGAAGACGGUCGUCCAGUGGUGGACGUGGCACGGGACGGAGCACCCCGAGCUAACAACGCUCGCUUGCCGCGUUCUCUCUCAGCCAGUCUCCGCAUCGGCGUGUGAGAGGAAUUGGGCAGUGUGGGAAUCGAUCCACACUGCCAAGCGCAACAGUGCUGCUGGUGGUGUGGGUGGCAAUGGUGACGGCGACGCGGUUGGCAGUGCUGUUGGUGCGGGCGGCAGAAGUGCCAGUGGCGCGGGGAGCAGAGGAGCAAUUGGUGCGGGUGGUAGUGGUGCUGCUAGUGCGGGGGGGAAUGGAAUGGGUGGUGCGGGCGGCAGUUGUGCCAGCAAUGCGGGCAGCAGUUGUGCCAGUAAUGCGGGCGGCAGUGGUGCCGGUAAUGUGGGCGGCAGUGGUGCCGGUAAUGCGGGCGGCAUUGGUGCAGGCUCCAGUUGA